GGAGUCAUGACAACAAGAAUAUUUUUAAAUGGCGUCCAUCUAAGCACAGCAGCAGUCCAUAUAUGUUAUUUCAAAAUAACAGCCAAACAAAUUAUUUAUUACGGAAAUUUUUUAAUUUCAUGUUCUUGAAAUAAUUGCAUCUAUUUUUAUUGGUGAUGGCUCUUGUUGCAUCUGUAAGUUCCGAGGCACCAUGCGUCAGAGCGUCCGUAGAAAAAUUACAAGAGUUAGGUAGGUAGUAGUAGUAGACUUAGUACCUAUGACCUAUAGAAACUACUAGUUACGACUAGUAGGCUAAAAAAAACAACCUCAGUGGUUGUAUUUCCUUGACAAUGCUGCAUACUCAUUACAGGUAAAUUUUAAGGACGAAUGCCACUAUUUUAUUGAAUUUCACAAAUAAUAAUAAUAAUAAAGUUCAUUUCAAAAACACGCUUCAUCCCCAAAGGCUCGAAGCGCGGUACAAAGUCAAAAAAAUACAAAUCUAUAAUUUACCACAUUUAAAACAAAUGCAACACUACAAAAACUAAUUACUAGCAUACAAUUGCAAAGUCUUUCUAGCCAUUUCAACCCCAUUAUGCACUAACUGGAAAAUAAGGUUGACAAUCAUCCCAGAAGGUGUUUGUGAAAUAGAUGUGUCUUUAAAUUGGUUUUAAAGGACUCCAGUGUCUGGUUGUUUCUGAGAUCGACAGGAAGGGCGUUCCAAAUUGUUGGACCAGCAAAUGCGAAAGUGCGCUUUCCGUAAUCUCAAGGCAAACACGUGGUGUCGAGAGUUUGCCACUAUCGGAUGAGCGGAGUUCUCUAGUGGGUACAUAAGGCAUAAGCAGCUCUUUCAGAUAGGACAGCGCCAGGUCAUGUAAGCAGCGGUAGCACAACGUUGCGAUUUUGUACUCUAUGCGAGCACGCACCGGUAGCCAGUGCAGCUCUCUCAGAAGUAUUUUUGCAUGAUCGAACUUGCGUUUGCGGAGAACAAUGCGAGCUGCAUUAUUCUGUGCUAUUUGAAUUUUAUCCAGGAGCGUAGCUGGAAGACCCACCAUGAGAGCAUUGCAAUAGUCCAUGCGUGAUAGCACGAAUGCAGACAUCAGCCUCUUUGUUGCAUCAAUUGUUAGGAAGGGCCUGAUGUGACUAAUCCUGCGCAGCUCCAGAAAAAUCGCCCUGCAUAGCAUGUUAAAUGAUGAAUGUAUCCCUAAAUCGAUCCCUAUGCCUAACCUGAACCCUAAAUCGAUCCCUAUGCCUAACCUGAACCCUAAAUCUAUCCCUCAACCUAAACUAAACUCUAAUUCACUGCCACUAUAAUAAACACAAAAAAGACGCCAUGGCAUCCGUCCUUAUUUCUAGCCUCAUUACAUUACGCUAUUGCCAAUUGCUCACCGACAAUUACUUACAUAUACAAUUUAAUGACAAUAAACUUUACCCACUUGAGUAAUAAGUUGCCCAUAACAACAGUUUCCAUUUAUCUUGUUCCAGUCCCUUCCUUUCCUGUUGCUUCCAGGUGUAUCCCAAACUUUGUGUUUCCAGUCCUUUCCUUUCCUGUUGCUUCCAGGUGUAUCCCAAACUUUGUGUAUCUGCCUCAAUCUCCGAUCUCCAUGUAUUCUUCUCUUGCUUUUUCCCGUUUGGUGCCAUGUAUUGUUGUAUUGUCUGGUGAUGUUUUCUGGGUGUUUACAAAGAGUGUGCUCUAUCCAUGUCUAUCUCUUUACCUUAUGACGUCUUCACCAAUAGCCAAUAGCCUCUUGAUAUGUCAUGUUCAGUUUGUUCGUUUUUAUUGCAACUUUGAUUUAUAAAUAUUAUCUUGUGAGCAUUAAUUAACCAUUAAUUUUUUUUCCCAAGGUGGACGGAUGCAGUUAAAUUGUUUGGAUUUCAAAGAAAAUGAUAUCAACAAUCUUAACAAAAUUAUUGAGGCGAUUAAUGAACUGGUAAUAUUUAUAAUUUAUAAUCUCUAUACCGGUAAAUGAUACUUUUAAAUCCACAUCAAUUUUUAAAUAAAUAUUAUGGUUGUAAUUUCUAAUAUAAUUCUCCAUUGCUUUAAUAUUUUGAGGCUCUGCCCUUGGGACACACAUGUUGAAUUUACAGGUAUUAUAAAGUAUAAUUUUUUAAACAGUUAACUUGCAAUGCAAAAGUAUUUAAUAGCAAUAAAUUUGACCAGUGUUUAAUCUCAGUUAAUUUAACUAGUAAUACCCGGUAUAUAUUUUUUUAUGUACAGUACCGGUAUCACUCAGACUUUUAUUUUGUGCUGAAAAUUCCGUUUAAUAGUUUUAGCUGAAAGAAUAAUUGCUCUGUUUUUAAAAAGGUUCACCUUACUGCUUUAUGCUUCACAUUGCUCAACCUGUUAUUGUUGUUGUUGUUUGUCCGUCGAAAUCGACUAGGACCAUCGGGUCAUCCAGUUAGGGGGAGGGUGGGUUACGGUGAGCUCGUAGGUGGCUUGCUAGACCGAUCCGUGCUCGGAAUAAUCUAAGAUGCUGCGGAGACCUAUUUUUGUCGGUAGAGCUUUUUUGCAAAAUUGAAUGUGAUAAUCUCAACAAAAAAGAUCACAUGGGCGCAAAGAAAUUUACUUUAGUUUUAGAAAGUGAUAACAGGCUAAAGCUGACCAUAACCCAUUGUCAUAAAUAGGCAUAAUGACUAAAGCUCCCUAACCCUAGUACCAUUGUCAUAAAUAGGCAUGACUAAAGCUCCCAAACCCUAGUACCAUUCUCAUAAAGAGACAUUAUGACUAAAGCUCCCAACCCUAGUACCAUUGUCUAAAAUAGGCAUAAUGACUAAAGCUCCCUAACCAUAGUACCAUUGUACCUAGUACCAUUUUCAUUAAUAGGCAUAAUGACUAAAGCUUCCAAACCCUAACCCUAGUACCAUUCUCAUAAAGAGGCAUAAUGACUAAAGCCUCCUAACCCUAGUACAAUUCUCAUAAAGAGGCAUAAUGACUAAAGCUCCCUAACCCUAGUACAAUUCUCAUAAAGAGGCACAAUGAAUAAAGCUGCCUAACCCUAGUAUCAUUGUACCUAGUACCAUUUUCAUAAAUAGGCAUAAUGACUAAAGCUCCCAAACCCUAGUACAAUUCUCAUAAAUAAGCAUAAUGACUAAAGCUCCCUAACCCUAACCCUAGUACCAUUUUCAUAAAUAGGCAUAAUGACUAAAGCUCCCAAACCCUAACCCUAGUACCAUUCUCAUAAAUAGGCAUAGUGACUAAAGCUCCCAAACCCUAACCCUAGUACCAUUUUCAUAAAUAGGCAUAAUGACUAAAGCUCCCAAACCCUAGUACAAUUCUCAUAAAUAGGCAUAAUGACUAAAGCUCCCUUACCCUAAUACCAUUUUCAUAAAUAGGCAUAAUGACUAAAGCUCCCUAACCCUAGUACCAUUGUACCUAGUACCAUUUUCAUAAAUAGGCAUAAUGACUAAAGCUCCCAAACCCUAACCCUAGUACCUAGUACCAUUUUCAUAAAUAUUCAUAAUGACUAAAUCUCCCUAUCUCUAACCCUAGUGCUGUUGUCAUAAAUAGGUAUGACUAAUGCUAUUCAUUUUUAAUACUAUUUUAUUAUUCAAUAGAAAUUAAAAUAACACUUACUGACUCUGCGAUUCUUGCUACGAGUUUUACAAAGAGAUUUGUAAUUAUUGUUUACUACUCAAAGUAGUAUGACUAACGCUAUUUAAGUAUUAACUAAUAAUAUGGUGGUAUCAGGGGCCAUCAACAAAUAAUGUCACACAAAUUUUGCCGAUUUUUUUACCCCCCUCCCCCUUUGUCACAAAUCAUCACAAAAAGUUAGACCCCCCCUCGAAUAUAACGUCACAAAUAUCUGUGCACCCCUUGCCCAUAAAAAUUCCCUGUGUCCACUACUGUCCUUUUCAAACCCUUAAGAAAUUCACCACCCAUGGAUAUCAAAUUACUGCACCUGUGUCAGAAACAUUUCCCUAGAACAGUGAUUGUUAACCAGAUGUAAAAGUACCUCCCCAGCCCUUAGGUGCGGAAGACCAGAAAAUUGUAUUUUUUGCCAUUGGUAGUCGUUGCGGAUUUUUUCCCCCUUUUUUUUUAAAAUUCAGUUUUUAUGCAUUGGAAUAGCAGCAGUAAAUGUUUUCUGGUGAAUUUUGUUUGCACAUUAUUACUUGUAUUGGUAAUUUUGUUCCUUGUUUAUAGAAAGUUAAUUAAAGAAAUAAACCUAUGAUACCCGUAACUAAAUUAUUUAAUUAUUUACAUAUUUUACUAGCCAAUAUACCCGGCGUUGUACGGGAUUCUAUUCGGAUAAAACAACUUCUACCGCCUUUUUUCUGUUUACCAAUGGUAUUGAUUGAUUGAUUCAUUGGAUAUUUACACAGCACUGGUAUCCAUGCUACUUUAGCAUGCUCACUGCGCUCUGGUUUUCUUAAAUCUAUUUACACAAAAGUUUUUAAAUGUUUCUUAAAUGAUUUGUUAUCCUUUUCAAUUCCCCUCAAAGAUUAAGGCAAACUGUUCCAUAAUUUUGGCGCUAUUGCUUCAAAAGAGCACACUCCGUAAGACUUUUUUCUGUGUUCAUCCACACUGGGAAUUUUCAGGAAAGGACUGUGUUGAAGACCGCAGGUUCUUCAAGGAUAAAUGUUUUUAAAUCAGUUCUUUAAGAUAUUCAGGUGCAGAACCUUCUAUGAAGCUGUACGUCAGGGACAUAAUUUUGUAAUCAAUGCGCUCACUCACAGGAACCCAAUGCAGAUCUCGUUGAACUAGGGGGAUGUGGUCAGAUUUCAUUAUCCGGGAUACAAUGCGUGAUGCAGUAUUUUCUACCCUUUUGGGAUCCUGAUCCCGAUAAUACCAUUUCAUGGAGGGAUCCCCGAUAGCGUGGUAUCCUGAUCCUGGUGGGAUCUCAAUUGCUGUGGGAUCCUAUUCCCAGUAGGAUUCUGAUUCCCGGUGGAUCCUAUUUCCCGGUGGGGGCCCAUUUUCCUGUGGGGUCCCGAUCCCAUUGGGGUACAGAUCCCAUUAGCACCCCAAUCCCAUUCUCUAUGAGAUCCCGUUUCCCAGUUGGAUCCUCUUUGUUGAUGGGAUCUUGUUUCCCGAUAGGAUUACAGUUUGACCCCUUGCCCCAUGGGAUCGUGUUACCCGUGGGUUCCAGUUUACUGUUGGAUCUCAUUCCUUUUUAGGAUCCUGUUCUUCUGUAGGAUCAUGUUCCCAGUUGGAUUUGGUUCCCGAUAGGCUUAUGAAGGGUAUGAUUGGAGGAAAUCCCCAUGAAAGUAUAGAAAUGAACAGAACUAAAAUAACAAUUCAAAAAGCUUUUAGAUUCAAAUAUAUAUUGCAGAAGAGCAAAAAUAGAACGUUCUGGCACAAUCUGCAUUAAAUUUAAUAUCCUCCUUGAAAUAUGUAAAAAAUUAUUUUACAAUGUAAUUAUUGUUCAAAUACGAAAAAUUAUAACUUAAUUCACUACUAGAACAAUAGUCAAUUUAAGUUGAAAAGAGGUGUCCCGGUGGGGGCCUAUUCCAUAUGCAUACCAUUUUAGCAUGAGAUAGGGAGUCCUAUAAAAAUCAGUCAGAUAAAUAAUAAAGUUAAAAUUUGAAAGUUGUCCCAUUAAAAUCGGCUGUAAAAAAUUAUGGAACUUUCUGGAAAAGUCUAGACCGGCUUAGAAAGGAUUGGAUAUUAUUCAUUUUAAACCCACCUAUAUUUCAAUAUGGAUAAUGAAGGGUAUUGCUACCAAGCUAUGCCUAUAUCCAUCAAUUCACGUAUAAACUAUAGUGUUGUCUAAGCCUAUUGAGAGUUAAAUAACUUAUAUAAGGAAAAAUGAAAUGGGGCCCCCGAGGAAUGAAUAUUAUGAGUUCAGUAACCUUCGGUAUUUUAAUAUGGAUAAUAAAGUGUAUGUGUACUAAGUUUGGUCAAGAAAUAUCUAAAUCUAUUUAUUUAUAAAGCUCAAAAAAAAAAAAAAUCACACAACAUCACAAAAAUGUGACCCCCCUCCCUCCCACCCAGACACAUGACAUCAUUUAUGGAUGGCCCCUCAAUCAAACCGCUAUUAGUUUCUUAAUUAAGAUGGCCUACCAAUAAUACCGAUCAUCAACUUUGGACCAUAUCAAUGCUACCAAUCUUCAACUUUGGGUUAAAGGUCACACCAAUACUACCAAUCUUCAACUUUGGGUCAAAGUUCAUACCAAUACUACCAAUCUUCAACUGUGGGCCAAAGGUCAUUUUAAACACACCAGUCAAAUUUAAGGUUGCUGUUGACCAAAGUUGAUAAUAUUGUACCCACAUUUUUGAACAAGUUUUAUAAUUAAAUUUUAUAAUCAAAUUUUAUUGUCUUAAUCCAACGAAAAAAAACACAGCACAAUUCUAUAUGUGCGUACAACUGGGACAAUGUAAAAAAAAAGUAAAAAAUAUGGGUAAACUGUACAGGUUGGCCUAUUAGCCCACAUGUUCUUUUGAUUUCCCAAAUACGUCAUGCCUUCUCUCUUCAAGAUUCCUCCUCCCUUCCAUACCCUCUUCUCCUUCACAUACUUGUAUUCCCACUGCAUAUACAUAUUUUGUUUGUGAUGUGCUUUAAUCCUCUAAAAAAUUUAAUAUUGCAAGGAAGAAGAGAGAAAAGAAAAACAUGAAAAUUUGGAAACAGAAACUAUCAAGUCUAGCAUUCUCAGAUAUGAGUUGAAGCUGCUGCCAGAUGAAAUUCAAGAUGAGAUAAUGAGUAAGAUAAACUUCAUUUGAAAUUUUAUAUUUUUAAAACGUUUUUUAAGUUAUAUUUUAUACAUAUGUGGACAAGCCGAAUACAUAGCCAACAACAAUAUUUUAUAACUUUAUAAAUAUUCAUACUUCAACUUUAAUUUACUUGCACACUUUUUUUAGCCAGAUAAUAUUUUCAUAACUGCUAAUCUAGAUUUGUAUUCAAAGAUUGCAAACUAAUACAUAAUAUGUGUCUUUUAGAGUCAAUUCUUAACUGCAUUCUUUACAUUAGCAGGAGAAGUAAGCUAUAGUAAACAUUCGUCCAAUAUAAAUUAUAAUUUACACCAGUAACGUAGCUUUAAUGGUUCUUAAAUUCCUUAAAGUUAUAUUUUUACUUUUCUUUAAGUUAUUUGAGAAUCUAAAUGAAUUUAAUUAUGAAAAAGACCAGUAUUUCAGUUAGCCUUUAAAUUAAGAAUUUAUUUCAUUGAAUAACCAGAGUAAAUUAGCCUUUAAGUUAAACAAUUAUUUUAUUGAAAAACCAGAGUACAUUAGCCUUUAAACAAUUAUUUCAUUGAAUUACCAGAGUACAUUAGCCUUUAAAUUAAGCAAUUAUUCGAGUGGAUAACCAGAGUACCAUGAAUCUUUACUUUACAAUUGUUUUAAAGUGAAACAUUCAUUUUUUUUUAAAAGUAUUUUUAUUAUGUCAUGGAAAAAAAUUUUUUUUUACUAUUACUUAAUACUAUAUUAUUUUUUACAUUUUAUUAUUUUAAAUUCAACUCAUGUACGGCCUUUUUCAUAAUUUUUGUUAAUUAAAUAGCUAUUUUUACAGCAUUUAAAAAAACUAACUAUAAUUUAAAGUACACUUGUGGACCAAAGAAUUUUUUUAUUUUGAAAAGUCAUGCAUCAAUGUUACAUUCACAAUUUUUUUUUAUUGUAUUAUGAGUCCUUAAUGUUUUUUGCCACUUUUAGAACAAAUCAAACUUGAGCAAAAUUAAAAUUUGAAUGGUUACUCAAUCAAGUUCUUCAUGACUACCUAACACUAUUGUUAAUAUGCCUGGAUUGCUGCAAUAUUUAAAACUUAUUCAUAAUUUAUUGUAUUCUUUUCUUCAAACUCUUAUUUAUCUUGCUCAGUUGCUACAUUCCUAGCUAAAAUAGCAUUUUGUAAAGUCUAUUACCUUUGGAUGUUAAGCAACAAAUUAGCUUCCAUUCCACUCUUUUCCUUUUAGAAACUAGACGACAGUGAUUCCCUUAUCAUAAAUGCUUUAAAAUGACCAGCAUUUUAAAAUAUUUGGAGUUAAGAGAUUUACAAAUUUCAUACUCACAAGACCAAUAAGAUUAAGAUUGUUAAAUUUUCGAAUUGGAAGCUGUCAAAAGAUGAGAUAUUACUAUGCCAUCAUCACUUUAGAAUAGAGAGCAUUUUGUAAAUAAUCUUUUUAACCCUCGUAAAAAUACAUUUUAUUUCUUAUUUUUAGAUGCCGUGAAUGCAGCUCGUCAGUCCAAUGCAGAAGCAUUACAAAACUUGCAAGAAAAGCUAGGCAAAAUGAACACUAAUAUCUUGGAUCUCAGUGCUAAAGCUUCUGAUAUGGAAUCAGAAAAUUCUAUUCUCCAGUACGAAUGUAACAAAGAAAGUUAUUUUAAUCAAGACACUUGAAGUCGGGUCAUAAUUUUUUACACCAUUCCAAUUCACUAAUACUUAAAAAUAGCCAAAUGGCAGAAAAACGGCUGAAAUGCUAUAACUAGAAUAUUUGUUAUGUAUUGAUAGUAAUAACUCUUCUAAAAUAAUGGAGAAAAAUCAAUUUUAAACAGUUUGCAUUAGAAAUAAGUCAUAAGUAAAAGGAAACGUUCAUUUUAAAAAAAUUAAAUAUGGAUUAUUUUAAUUGCAACAUACUUUUAAUUUGUAAAACUCCGAGAAUUCCAGCUGUUUAAAAAAAUGAAUAUUUUCAGUUAUUGCUAAAAUCAAAAAGUCAAAUGUCUCUUCAAACUAAGAGACAACUCUAGCUAUAACCUUAAUGACUAUAUACUUUAACAGGCUAGAUCAUAACAGAUCAUUGCAGCCUAAUCCCAGAAACACUAACACAUCUGUUGACAGAAUGUUCCUCACUAGAAGUUUUGGGGGAAGCUAGGGCUGUGGGAGAGCCUGACAUGAGGAGAAUUUUAUUUAGCUCAGCUCAGCAGAUGGAGCUGGUAGCCAAUAUGCUAGCCAGGGUCAUAAGAGAGUAAUCUCAGACCCUCACCAGAAUAUGUGUGUUAGUUAGCUAUAUUCUUAACAAAUUACUGUAUGUUUUCAAAAAUUAUUAUUGGUUUAAUUUUACAAACAUUUAAAGAAUUUCCAUGAAUUUAAAGAAUUUCCAAAAAUGACUUAAUAAGAAAUUUUAUGGUUUCAAAAAUGAUUUUUAAAAAAAUUUAAAUUAAAAUGUUCUUUUAGGACUUUUUUUUUAAAUUGCUAAAUUUUCCAAAAAUUUUCCUAAUACUGCUUUCUGAUUUUAUUGGUUCAAAAAGUUUUUUUUAAUUAAAAAAGAAUCUGUGACCAACAUAAUUUAAUUGAAGUAAACAGCUUGACAGCUUCCAAUCAAAUAUUAAUAAGGAAGUGUUUGCAACAGAUAACUUUAUUACUAACAAGGAAGUGUACACCAGAGAUAACUUUAUUUUACCAAGCUACUAUACUAUACAUUUCUCUCCAGGCCAGAAAAAGAAUUACUGUACCAGCAACAUGAAGAAAUCAUAGCACAACUGAAUGAAAAAAUGGCAGACAAAGCAAUGUAAGUUUUAAUGAAGUCAAGGACAGUGAAAAUUCGACCAAUAGCACUGAGAUGCUAUAGAUUUUAUUGAACAAUAAUUUUAAACAAUAUUCUUAUACUUAUGAUAUGAUAUGAUUGCUAAUUUUUUCUGUACAAAUGGAUAUUGUCAGUAUGAAAUGAUUUUAUCUGUAUGAAAGGAUGUUUGUCUGUGUGAAAAAUAUCACUUAAUGAUAUUGACAUAUGAUUAUUUUUAGGUAUAAAAUUAUUACUUGUUUAUUAUCACCUUGACCUAAAGGCCACAAUUUUCUCUCUUUAUUUAAGAAAAACAAAAUGUUUACACAAUUAAACCCAGAUUGCUGCAUUUUACUUUACAUUUUUUUAAAAAUUGUCUUCCUAAUCACUGUUACCAAAUUUCAGGAUGCAGAUUGGUUUAAAUGAAACCAGGGAUAAAGUACGACAAGCUAACCAAAAUGUAAGUCUUCAUUAACUUAAAUUGAAAAAAUAGGCUACAUCAUUUAUUAUCACAAGCCAACAAAAAAACUUUUUUCCUGGGGCCUUGAGUUUUAGAUCUCUUCCCUUGUGCUAUUUAGGGUCUGUUCUCUAGUGCUAUUUAAGGUCUGUUCCAUAGUGUUAUUUAGGUCUGUUCCCUAGUGUUAUUUUAGGCACUGAUUCUGAAAUGAUUUUUUUUGUAACAGCACCAGUUUUUAAGAUAUUGUUGAGUUUACGCAAAUUUAGUUUUCACUGUAUUCAGAAUCAGACAAGUUGUAACAUAUGCAAGAGAAACUUGGAUCCUAACAAAAACAGCAGAAAACCUAUUAAACACAUGGGAGAGAAAAGUUCUCAGGAAAAUAUAUGGACCAGCAAAGGAUGAAUAUGGAUUGAGACUACAUAAAUUUUUAAUUUCCUAAAAUCUCCAGCCUGAUAUGUUAAAAUGGCUUCAUACAGAUUUUUUUUGAAAAAUGUAGGAAAUCUGCACUGAGUUUGAAAAACAGAAAAUAAGUAGUUAAUUUCAUAUAAUAUAGGUUAUUAGGUGCCAAGAUUAGAGAUCAAGAUAACCAGGGGCUCCACAUAUUAUAAAAACACAACUUGUACAGAGCAAUUGCUCCAGGCCACGAAUGCUUGCCUCUAGAGUUGGGAGAAAGAAUGUACUUCAGUCUGAAACAAACAUUACAAUUAAUCAAAGGUCAAUUGAUAAGAUAAAUUACUAUAAAAAAAUCUUUGGGUGAUUUGUCUAAACUUAACAAUGAUUUUUUUUUUCCUCUGGUUUACGAUACAAAGUAGCUGCACAGAUAUUCUUGCUCUUCAUGUAUUUUGGGAUUGUAGAGCCAAAGUUGAAAAUGUGUCUAGAGAAGAUUUACCUUUGAGGGAAAUAGGGUGGUCAGAGGAACAAUGUAAACAAGCUUUCAUAACUAAGAUAGAAUCAUUCUACUGCUAAUAUAUAUAUAUAUACAUCUAAGCCUGUCUGAUUGAACAGGUUGUAAGUCCUUUGAAUAAAGCAGUCAAUCCACACCAAAUAUGGACUUAUCCCUGAGAAAUGGAAAGCUAAUAUUUUGAUGGCACACUGGUCAGAAAAAACAUAAAUGUCUCCACUUCCUUCCAUAAAAAUAAAUGAAUUAUUAUCAAACAUUUUCCAAGUUUUAAUAACUUUAAAUCCUUUAUAUGAACUUCACUUUUGUUCAUGGCUGUCUGGCUGGGUGGUGAACUGGCAAAAUCUUCUGACCGCUAAUAGACCCACUUCCUGUCAAAUUAUCGAGCUGAAACUUGGCACAUGAACUCAUUGCUGAUGACAACAAAUUCUUUCAUAUUAUCAGCCCCGGUCCCAAAAAUCAGUUUUUCCCGUUUUUCAAGGGGAAGAUGAAGGAAAUAUGACACCACUGAUCCAAUGAAAUAAAAUUUACAGAUAACUGCGCUAAAUUAGAUCCUUAAAAAAAAUAUCGCAAGUGCAUUUGGUGCGUGAUUUUUUCAAUUGUUUCUCUAAAACAGUCUGUGACAUUACUCUGUCUGCGGUGUAAAGCAGGUGGGUCAUCAGAGUCAUUACAGUUCAGGGGCAUGAAAAAAAUGUGCGGUUGUGAGCCUGGGGGUGAGGGGGGAUUCUUCUAAAAAUUCUUUAAAACUAUGUUUUUAGGGGUUGUUUCAUUAUUUAUUUAUUCUUAGUGUAAGAAAUAUUGAUGCAAUCAGUUAGAUUUAGAUUGGUGUCCAUGCAAUCACUUAGAUUUAGAUUGGUGUCCAUGCAAUCACUUAGAUUUAGAUUGGUGUCCAUGCAAUCACUUAGAUUUAGAUUGGUGUCCAUGCAAUCACUUAGAUUUAGAUUGGUGUCCAUACAAUGACUUAGAUCGGUGUCCUUGCAAUCACUUAGAUUUAGAUUGGUUUCCAUACAAUGACUUAGAUUUGUGUCCAUGCAAUCAAUUAGAUCGGUGUCCAUGCAAUCAAUUAGAUUGGUGUGCAUGCAAUCACUUAGAUUCUUGUCCAUGCAAUCACUUACAUUUAUGUCCUGAACCUUAAGAAAAUAGUGAAGUUAGAGAUGUCAUCAUGACAUAUACAUGUAACAGCAACCAGAUACCAAUGUAACUAAAUUGCACAUAUGAUUUAGAUUUUUAAAAAGAAAUCUUUUUCUGAAUUUUCCUGGAAGAGCCUAUCUUAUGAAGUCUAAUGAAAGUAGCUGCAUUUGUGUUGAGUUAGAGUUAGGUGCAUUUGUGUAGAAUGCUAAUACAAAUGUUCCAGUAAAUCUGUUCAGGCAUAAAAUAAGACAUUUCAUGCAGCGAAAAUUUCUUUAAAUAAUUAAAAUAAUGCUUCAUUCUUAAAAAUGGCAUUUUCACUAUCUGAAAAACUGCAGCUGAAAGGGGAAAUGUGGUACCAUAUACCUAGUAACAAGUCAUUGUCUUGGUUAAAACACUUUUACUAAAAUGCUUUUUUUUUUUUUGUCCACUGGCUUGUACUUGUAUGUCAAUUUUGUAUGGUUGCAUUUUGUAUUUUAUUGCGCUUUGAGCCUUAAUUAGGGAUGAAGCGUGUUUUGAAAUGAACUAUAUUAUUAUUAUUAUUUACAUAAUUUUCAGUACCUUACUUUUAAUAAAGCAAUGGAUUAUAUUAAAGCAGCAUUUAUUAGCUGGGCACAUCGCAUUUAUUAGCUGGGCACAUCAAAAUAUAUUUUAAAAAACAUUGCCUAUUACUAUUAAGAAUUGUACAAAGUAAUUUAUAACCUUCUGUUAUAAUUAAAUAUUGAAAUAUUCUAAAGAUUGAUGAGCUGGAAGACAGUAUUCUGCAACUAAAAGAAGAUUUGAUACAAGAAAGGACAGAUGCAAGACAAGAAAAAAAGUUGUUAAAAAAAGCUGUGGUAGGAGGUUAUUAAUACAGACAUACCUCUCCAUUUCCCACUGAACCCACUUGGUCACCUUUGAUGCUAUAAAUCCACUGAGUCACCUUUCAUACUUUGAUACUAUAAACCCACUUGGUCACCUUUGAUGUAUAAGCCCACUUGUUCACCUUUGAUCCCCAUAACAUUUAUUAAUAGAACAUAAGACAGUGUGUCCCCAAACAUUUAUUUAUGGAGAUAUGAAAAUUAGAUCAAACCAUUUAUGCAUAUAAAAUUUCUCUCUGGAAACUUCUGUACUUUACAGAAUGAUACUCAAGCAAAAGCUAAAGAGCAAAGGGAGCAAAACAUAGAAAAAAAGAGGUGAGUUGUUUGUAUGACUUAAAGAGAAGUGAGAAUAGUUAAUGUUAAUACUGUUUGAAACCCAUUUGCAAACCUCUUUAGGCAUGAUGAGGUUUUGUGGUCAACUAGAUUGUCACAUCAAGUAAUGUGCAAAUCUGAAAUUGAUUCAUUAAUUAAUUAUGUUUUUGAUGUGGAAGUAGUCACAUCUUGAUCAAAUGACUAUGCUUGCUUAUUACUUCUUUGUGUGCAGUUUGAAUAUGUAACUUGUAUUUUAAAAAUAUAUUGAAUGUGUCAUGAGGCCUUCAAAUAUUUAGUUUUGCCUUGAAUGUCUUUAUUUUUAACAUACAGUCUUUAAAAAAUCAACAAAAAUAUGCAGAUCCUAUUGAUAUGACAUGCUCUUUAUGACUUUAUGCCUUUCUGUAUUAGUUUCAAAAGGCUCCUUUAUGUCAAAACUUUCAUUUUUUUAACAAUUUUAUAGCAGAAGGUACCAGAACUGAAAUUAGAAUACCUGCUAUUUUCUCGUGAAUAGUUUUAUCGCUAGUGCUCAUCAUUUUAUAUAUAGACAUUUUUUAAAAGGGAGAGUGAAGAUUAUAAUGUGUUAAAUGUUUCCUGGAGAAUGAAGAUUAUAAUGUGUUAAAUGUUUCCUGGAGAGUGAAGAUUAUAAUGUGUUAAAUGUUUCCUGGAGAGUGAAGAUUAUAAUGUGUUAAAUGUUUCCUGGAGAGUGAAGAUUAUAAUGUGUUAAAUGUUUCCUGGAGAGUGAAGAUUAUAAUGUGUUAAAUGUUUCCUGGAGAGUGAAGAUUAUAAUGUGUUAAAUGUUUCCUGGAGAAUGAAGAUUAUAAUGUGUUAAAUGUUUCCUGGAGAGUGAACAUUAUAAUGUGUUAAAUUUUUCCUGGAGAAUGAAGAUUAUAAUGUGUUAAAUGUUUCCUGGAGAAUGAAGUUUAUAAUGUGUUAAAUGUUUCCUGGAGAGUGAAGAUUAUAAUGUGUUAAAUGUUUCCUGGAGAGUGAACAUUAUAGUGUGUUAAAUGUUUCCUGGAGAGUGAAGAUUAUAAUGUGUUAAAUGUUUCCUGGAGAGUGAAGAUUAUAAUGUGUUAAAUGUUUCCUGGAGAAUGAAGAUUAUAAUGUGUUAAAUGUUUCCUGGAGAGUGAAGAUUAUAAUGUGUUAAAUGUUUCCUGGAGAGUGAAGAUUAUAAUGUGUUAAAUGUUUCCUGGAGAGUGAAGAUUAUAAUGUGUUAAAUGUUUCCUGGAGAGUGAAGAUUAUAAUGUGUUAAAUGUUUCCUGGAGAGUGAAGAUUAUAAUGUGUUAAAUGUUUCCUGGAGAAUGAAGAUUAUAAUGUGUUAAAUGUUUCCUGGAGAGUGAAGAUUAUAAUGUGUUAAAUGUUUCCUUAACAAAUUUCUUUUGCUUAAAUCUUUGGGGCUUUAUCCAUAAAGUUUUCUGCUAAUGACAAGGUCAAAAUCCUCUUUAAUAUUUAAGUGUGUUCAAGUAAUGGUGCAAUGUUAGUUGAUAUUUAGCUCAGUUACUUCUUAAAUUGUUUUGUUUAGAGAAGUGGACACCCACCAAGAAAAGCUGAUGGAAAGUGAAGGAAGGCUUGAUGCUUUAAGGAAGGUAAUUAGUGGGGUUUUUUCAAACUAUAUCGGCAUCAAUUUUUUGCAGUGUUGCUCAAAAUAUUUGUUAAAAAUUUUUUUUGUGGUAAAAAUGCAUACAUAUUUUUAAGUUUUAAAACUGCACCCAUACUUUAUGUUGUAAAUCUGCAAACAUAUUUUUUUUUGUAUUAAAACUGAACACAUAUUUUUAUGUUGUUAAACUGCACACAUUUCUAUGCUGUAACAAUGCAAACAUAUUUUUAUGUCUUAAAACUGCACACACAUUUUAUCUCUUCAAUUUCUCCUAAAAGGGAUGCGGUUUUUUGAUACAUUGGUGCCUGUUCAGAGAUUUACUGCAAUCCCUCUUAAAAUUCAUUUAAUAGUUUGCCUGUCAUAUUGCUCACAGUUCUUAUAUAAAGCCAAACAUUUCAUUAAAUAUUUAAGAUUUAAACUUGUACUUGUAUUCAAGAGGCAAAUUAUUGCAAAGUGACAUAAAUAUGUAUUGAUUUUAAUAAAAUAUGGGAGAUAGAAAGAAGGGUGUGGUAGAUAGAAGGGAGGGUGUGGGAGAUAGAAGGGAGGGUGUGGGAGAUAGAAGGGAGGGUGUGGUAGAUAGAAGGGAGGGUGUGGUAGAUAGAAGGGAGGGUGUGGGAGAUAGAAGGGAGGGUGUGGUAGAUGGGAGUGUGUGGUAGAUAGAAAGAAGGGUAUGGCAGAUAGAAAGGAGGGUAUGGUAGAUAGAAAGGAGGGUAUGGUAGAUAGAAAGGAGGGUAUGGGAGAUAGAAGGAAGGGUGUGGUAGAUAGAAGGGAGGGUGUGGUAGAUAGAAAGAUGGGUCUUGGAGAUAGAAAGGAGGGUGUGGUAGAUAGAAAGAAGGGUGUGGUAGAUAGAAGGGAUGGUGUGAGAAAGGAGGGUAUGGUAGAUAGAAAGGAGGGUAUGGUAGAUAGAAAGGAGGGUAUGGGAGAUAGAAGGAAGGGUGUGGUAGAUAGAAGGGAGGGUGUGGUAGAUAGAAAGAUGGGUCUGGGAGAUAGAAAGGAGGGUGUGGUAGAUAGAAAGAAGGGUGUGGUAGAUAGAAGGGAUGGUGUGAGAAAAAGAAUGAGAUAUUUUUAUAUAUUAUUUUAAGUAUCCGAAAAUUUUUUGUUGCCAAUUUUACAGAGCAUCAGAAGAUUUGAGACUUCAAGAGGCAAACUAGAAUCUGAUGAAACAUCUUUAAUUUUACAAGUGGAAAGACAACUCAAGCUGAAUGAGCAGCAGCGCAGAAGAGGGUAAAAGAGCCAUAUAAAAACUAAUUUUAAAUGUUAUGUUUAAUAGUUACAGCUAUCUAACAAGGAAUAUUACUGGUUAAUAGCCACCUGGUAGCUAAAAAGGAAAAUGUGUUUUUUAAUAUCUAGCUAAAAAGGAAUAUUAGUGUUUUAAUAGCUAUCUAACAAGGAAUAUUAGAGUUUUAAAAGCUAGGUAACAAGGAAUAUUACUGUUUUAAUAGCUAGCUUGUCAUGGUGCCAAAGUCUUGGGCUUAAAAUGUUACUACAGCAAAAGCGUAGGGGUAAACAGGAUUGUAGAUCUGAAUACUUCCAUUCCUUUCGACAUAUCUCCAAAACAACAGAAAUCGUUGUCAAUUUCUGAUUUUAAGCCAUGGUGAAGAGUUACAAUGUCCACCAUGAGACAAAAUAUAUUUCAGUUAAUAUUGUAGUGGACAAACUGGUUUAUUGAGUCUUGGGCUAUUUGUUGAAGUCCAGAAAAUGCAUGCCUAGAUAUCUAUUCUCCUCAAUCAAAAAACAAAUACUGACAGCAGAAUUUGUUCUCUUGUACUCAUGUAGGAAUAUCAAUUCCAGCUUUCUCUGAACUGUACCAUAGUUAAUUACAAUUAAAGUAUUUUUGUUACACAAAUAAUUUUGUCUUGUGUGGUUAGGUGUGUCAACAUGACAAAUACACCUGCGUGGCUAGGUGUGUCAACAUGACAAACACACCUGUGUGGUUAGGUGUCAACAUGACAAACACACAUGUGCGGCUAGGUGUGUCACCAUGACAAACACACCUGUGUGGUUAGGUGUGUCAACAUAACAAACACACCUGUGUGGUUAGGUGUGUCAACUUGACAAAUACACCUGUGUGGCUAGGUGUGUCAACAUGACAAACACACCUGUGUGGUUAGAUGUGUCAACAUGACAAAUACACAUGUGUGGCUAGGUGUGUCAACAUGACAAAUACACCUGUGUGGCUAGGUGUGUCAACAUGACAAACACACCUGUGUGGUUAGGUGUGUCAACAUGAUAAACACACCUGUGUGGUUAGGUGUGUCAACUUGACAAAUACACCUGUGUGGCUAGGUGCCUAAACAGCAGAAUACCAACAAAUAAUCAAUAAAUAUCCAAUAACUUUGGGUAGAUAUGACUUUCUAACCCAUGAAAACUUGACUACAGGCCUCUGCUGUUGGCAGAUUGAGCCGAUUUCAGCUUUGCAUUUAUUUAUUCCAGAAAAAAUACAGAGUUUUGACAAAUUUGGCUUUUUAUUUGAACUAACUGACCCCAUUUUCAAUUUCCUCUUUUCCAUAAUUGUGUCUAAACACAUCUGUGACGUAAAGUGAAUCCUUACAAAUUAUUGUCUCUGAAUCUUUGCCUUCUAUUUCCAAUUUUCAUUUUAAGAUGAUUAACUAUUUGUACAAUUUCUUUCUGUUUGCAGUGCUGAAAUAAUUAAUGAGAGUCUAAGAGAAGAACAAGAGUUUGAAAGUAAACAAAGAAUUCUUACAAAAAGACUAAAAACUGUAAGUCACCUAAACAAUAAUGUGUUUGGGUUAGGUGAUCUUGACAGUAUUGUGUUAACCCACGAACUGUAGUCCGCCAGUCUAAUCGGCUGAUUUCCUCUUUCGGCCAAUAAAAUCUGCCAAUAAAAAUUGCGUUGAAAGAAUAAGCUCCAGUCCAAUAUUUUACAAAUAAAACUACUUCCUUUUAAUAAUAAAUAAACUUCCAUUUUUCGCUCCUCUGUUUUUAAAAAAAUUUUGUGAGUUAUUUUUUACAACAAUCUUUAUCAAGCAAAUUUGUGUAAGUAGAUUUUCGUGAAAUGGAUGAGACCAUAGCUGGGCCAUCUGGCUUACAAAAUAAAUCAAUUAGGAAUCUUUUUUAUAAUUCUUAUUCAGAAGAUGAUUUUCCAAUCACACACGUAGACAAUGAUAAUUCCAAAUAUUUUUCUAGUGGGUCAUAAAGUUAAAGUUCAGACAAUUAUUUAGACUGAGGCCUAGAACGAGUAUGUGUUGCAGCCACAGCAUGACUCGUUCAAAACUAUGUUGCAGAUUAUUUUGUACCAACAAAAAAUAAUUGGCUGUUGUUCUAUAUAUGUUUUCUUAUGUUUCAUUUUAUGGAUUAAGUAUUUAUAUAGCAGGUAAUUAAAUUUUAUUUGUUUCAUUCUAUUUAGUAACGUUUAUAUUGUUUAUGUAAUUGUUUGUAACUUGAACGUAAUUAUGGGUAUCGGAAGAAUUUUUAAAAAAAUCUAUUAAUAACUAAAACAUAUACAAAUAAUACAUUCUCUGAAAGAUAUAUAAAAAUGUUAUCAUAUUAUAUAAACAUUAUAAUAAUAUGCCUUUAAAAAAUUGUAGUUUGAGCUACUUGAAAAUACAAAUUUUCAUUAUUUUCUUUAUUCUUGGUCACUCCAAGGUCAAGGUCACAGUCAGCGAGUAUAAAAUAUCAUUAAAAAAUAGCUAGUAUGAUUCCCUACUCAGUUUACUUUCAAAUAAUAUAUACUUUAUGGGGUCAAGCUAUAGUAUUUGCAUGUGAAAAAUCCCCCUUUUCAAAGGUACUCAAAAAGCUCCUAAGUCCCAGCACAGCACAGAAACAUAACAUACACCGUACAUGGGUUAAGCUUGUCUGCAAAUUACCAAGAACCUUUCUACAAAAUAGGUUAGGGUUAGGGUUUGGUGAUCUUAACAGUAUUGUGUUGAGCUUGUUGGCAUAUUACCAUGAACCUUUCUACUGCCCAUGAUACUAGGUUAACAAGUUAGACAAGAACAAAAUCUGUCAUUACCUAGAACUUUUUUUUUUAAUACAAAUAUCAUCAAGUUAAAAGUGAUUUCGAUUUAUAGUUUUAAAGCUAGUCACAGACUGUGCUAUAAUCAGUGGAAAGAAUAGUUGCUAUGCUAAUCCCAAACUGUGCUCUAAGUGGUGGAAAGUAUAGUUGCUAUGCUAGUCCCACACUGCUAUAAGUAGUGGAAAUUAUAGUUGCUAUGCUAGUCCCAGACUGCUAUAAGUGGUGGAAAGUAUAGUUGCUAUGCUAGUCCCAGACUGCUUUAAGUGGUGGAAAGUAUAGUUGCUAUGCUAGUCACAGACUGCUGUAAGUGGUGGAAAGUAUAGUUGCUAUGCUAGUCCCAGACUGCUAUAAGUGGUGGAAAGUAAAGUUGCUAUGCCAGUCCCAGACUGCUAUAAGUGGUGGAAAGUAUAGUUGCUAUGCUAGUCCCAGACUGGUAUAAGUGGUGGAAAGUAUAGUUGCUAUGCUAGUCCCAGACUGUGAUAUAAGAGGUGGAAAGUAUAGUUGCUAUGAUAGUCCCAGACUGCUAUAAGUGGUGGAAAGUAUAGUUGCUAUGCUAGUCCCAGACUGUGAUAUAAGAGGUGGAAAGUAUAGUUGCUAUGCUAGUCCCAGACUGCUAUAAGUGGUGGAAAGUAUAGUUGCUAUGCUAGUCCCAGACUGCUAUAAGUGGUGGAAAGUAUAGUUGCUAUGCACCAACUUCAGAAUUUAAUGACGAAGAGGUGGUCGACUUCUACCAUCAGCUCCAGGAUGUGCUAAACCAAACCCCCAAGAAAGACGUUCUUGUUGUUCAAGGUGAUUGGAAUGCCAAAAUAAGCGAAGACGCCUAUGAAAACUGGAAAGGAACUUGUGGACACCACUGUAACGCAACUUCAAACGAGAGAGGUCUGAGGCUUUUGGAAUUCGCCAGCUUCAACGAACUCAUUCUGGCCAACACAUUGGGUGCACAUAAAAUGUCCAUGAAAACCACAUGGCACAGCCCCAAUGGGAAACACCACAACCAGAUUGACUACAUCAUGUUGCAAACACGCUUCCGGUCUAGUAUAAACAUUGCCAAGACUCACAGCUUCCCUGGAGCUGACAUUGGAAGCGACCAAGAUCUAAUCAUGAUGAGCUUUAGGGAAAUACAAGAAUCAAACAGGGAAAUACCAGAAUCAAAUUCGACCUUGAAAAGCUGAAGGAUCCCAAAGGAGCAGAAGCCUUCCAAGCAGUAAUAAGAGGAAAAUUUGCAGCGCUUAACAUCAUAGAUGCCGACUGUUCAGACAUGGACACAUUGAUUGAUAAGUUCAACACAGCUGUGACAAACACAGCUCACGACAUCCUUGGUAAAUAUCGACCAACCCAAAAACCAUGGGUGACAGCUGACAUCCUUGAUCUGUGUGAUAAACGGAGACAGUUAAAGAAAACAAAGAUGGUAGACACAGAGGCAGCAAAAUAAUAUAGGACAGUUAAUCAAGCCAUCAAAAAAGGUAUGAGGAGGGCAAAGAAGAACUGGAUUGAAGAGCAAUGCUACGACAUUGAAAACUGCUUUAAGAAUAACAACAGCAACAAGGCAUACCAGUUGGUGAAAGAACUAACCACUGCAAAACAAGGUCGUACUACUUCUUCUUCUUCUAUAUAUUAAGGGCCCACGAUCAAUUCAUUGAUCAUUUUGGCUCCUAUACAUGUAGAGGGGAUUUGCAAUGUUUCUGUGCCUGGUGUUGAUGAAGACAUUUCACUGAUUUCCAGUGCCACUUUCUGAGGGAAUCAUGCGCUGGGGGUUUGAAGGCCUGAGGCAAUAGACACAAAAGAGUCUAGUGUUGUCGCCUCAACUGUUCCUUUUGAAAGCUUGCUCCAGUCCCUGAUUGUCUUGGGCAGGAAUGAGCAGUUCCUAUACUGGCUUCUUGCUGGUAUGAGCCUGAAUUGCCUGUCAUGGCCUUGUCACUGUCUAUGGGAGAGAGGGAUGAGUUUCUGUUUAAUACUGGACCAGUAGACCAGCCCAUUAAUCAUCUUGUACAUAAUGGAGAGCCUGGAUUGUCAUCGGCGUUCAUCCGAUGGUGACCAGCCUAGUGUUUCCAACAUUCCUAAAGCGGUUCAGGACAAAGCGUGCUGCCUGUCGCUGGAACGCCUCCAACCUGUCAAUGCUCUUCUGGGUAAAUGGGUCCCAGACUGAAGAUGCAUAAUCUAAAACUGGACGGACAAAGGCUUUAUAUGCUCUUUCUUUCACACAUAAGUUGCCAAUCUUUAGAUUAGGCCUUAAGAACCCCAGGGUCUUGUUUGCUUGGUUACAUACAUUGUUAAUAUGCUCGUCCCAGCGGACCUCUCUUUGAAUGGUAAAAUCCAGCUACUUUACGGAGGAAACUGGCUCAAGUAUAUGGCCGUGCAGUUUGUAUUGGUAGUGUACAGGAUAAAAAUAGUAAAUGUUUGACCGAGGAAAAUGUUAUCCUAAAAAGAUGGACUGAAUAUUGAAUAUAAAGAUAGACCCAGAGAUCCUUAAUGUCCCUCCAGCAACAGACAAUGAUAACUACCCUUUUCUCCAAGCAGAAGUAGAAACAGCAGUCCAAGCACUCCAAAUAAGAAAGGCCGCCGGGAGUGGAUAACGUCCCUGCCGAGUUGGUGAAACAGGGAGGAGAAGCAAUGAAAAGUGCCCUAUUCAAUAUUUGUAACAAAAUACGGCUGACAGGGGAAUGGCCCAAACCAUGGACCCAAUCGCUCAUCAUCACCCUCCCCAAGAAAGGUAACCUACAACUAUGCCAAAACUAUCGCACUAUUAGCCUAAUAAGCCAUCCAAGCAAGGCCAUGCUGAAGGUCAUAUUGAACCGACUAUGACCAUAUGCCGACAUAAUCAUUGCUGAAGAACAGGCGGGCUUCAGGCAAGGACGUGGCACUACUGAGCAGAUCGUAAACCUCCGAACACUAUGUGAGAAAUUUACUCAAUACCAACAAAACCUAUACCACGUCUAUGUGGAUUUCAAGAAGGCAUUUGACAGGGUUUGGCAUGCUGCUUUAUGGGCUACCAUGAGGCACUACAUCAACACAAACCAAAUCAGAAUGAUAUGCAACCUCUAUGAUAAGGCCACCAGUGCAGUCUUCUUCGACAAUAACAUAGGAGAAUUGUUCAAGACCACGGUUGGAGUACAACAAGGCUGCUUGCUGUCCCCACCCUGUUCAACAUCUUCCUAGAGAGAAUUAUGUCAGAUGCUCUGGAAGCACACAAAGGGACAGUCAGCAUUGGUGGCAUAAAUAUCACCAACCUACACUUUGCAGAUGACAUAGAUGGACUGGCUGGGAACGAAGAAGAGCUAGUCAACCUAGUAAAGCGUCUCGACAAGACUUCAUCAUCCUAUGGCAUGCAAAUCAGUGCAGAAAAUGCCUGCGAAUCCUGGACAUUAACAGCAGAACUUGAAAGGAUAAUAAAGGCCAUGGAGAUGAGAUGUUUCAGAAGCAUUUUUGGCAUCUGCUACAGGGACCCUAUCUCCAAUGAUCAAGUGAAAGAAAGGGUUCAUCAGGUAAUUGGGCAGUACUAUGACCUCCUGGUGACUGUAAAAAAGCGCAAACUACAACAAGGAAACAAAGGAUAGCCAAAGAAAUCAUGCAGGGCACCACAAAAGGAGGGAGAAGAAGACUAAGAAAAAGAUGGGACGAUAACAUCAAUCUACUAGUCAUUCACUCUAAGUCAUUAAACACUGUUUACUUUUCACAGCUGAAACAGGACAUUGCUCAUCAACUGGCAAAAACAGGAGUAUAUGAGGAGAGAAGAGUCAACCUUUUCAAAGGUAUGCUGCUUUUGAUAUUACACAUUCAGUUUUAGCUACUACAUUAAAAUACCAGUGCAUGGUAAGAAAUUUAGAAAACUGGUUACUUAAGGAUGAGUUGCCAUCACUGCUAGUACUUCUUAUUGUCACUGUUAGUACUUCUUAUGGUCACUGCUAGUACUUCUUAUGGUCACUGCUAGUAUUCUUAUGUCACUGCUAGUACUUCUUAUUGUCACUGCUAGUACUUCUUAUGGUCACUGCUAGUACUUCUUAUGGUCACUGCUUGUACUUCUUAUAUUCACUGCUAGUACUUCUUAUUGUCACUGCUAGUAAUUCUUAUUGUCACUGCUAGUACUUCUUAUGGUCACUGCUAGUACUUCUUAUUGUCACUGCUAGUACUUCUUAUGGUCACUGCUAGUACUUCUUAUGGUCACUGCUUGUACUUCUUAUGGUCACUGCAAGUACUUCUUAUUGUCACUGCUAGUACUACUUAUUGUCACUGCUAGUACUUCUUAUGGUCACUGCUAGUACUUCUUAUGGUCACUGCUAGUACUUCUUAUGGUCACUGCUAGUACUUCUUAUGGUCACUGCUAGUAUUUCUUAUUGUCACUGCUAGUAAUUCUUAUUCUCACUGCUAGUACUUCUUAUUGUCACUGCUAGUACUUCUUAUGGUCACUGCUAGUACUUCUUAUGGUCACUGCUAGUACUUCUUAUGGUCACUGCUAGUAUUCUUAUGUCACUGCUAGUACUUCUUAUGGUCACUGCUAUCACUUAUUAUCACUGCUAGAACUUCUUAUCCUCAAAGACCACAACUUAUUGACAAAGACCAUUCCUUAUAGUCAAACACCCCAUAAUCAGACACCACUCCUUAUCAUCAGACACCACUCCUUAUUGUCAGACACCACCUCUAUUUGCCCUAAAACCACUGUCUUUGUCUCUGCUUAUUUUGCUCUUUAUGUUUUUUUAGAUCUUAAAGAGAAGGAGAAGAUUAAAGAGGAAGAGGCUUUGUAUGUAGGUCAGUUGGAUAGUCAGUAAGUGCAUCAUUAAUUUUUUUUUUAAAGAUCUCUUUAAAUAUUUUUAAUUAGACCUUCACAAAUAGCUGGUACUAAGUGUGUGCCUAUAAUUAAAUGAAAAGAGAAAAUUUACAUUUUUAAAUGUUUGCUUUUGGUCUGUCAAUGCCAGUCCACUAUUUGUAUGAAAUAAGAAACUACCUUUAUUGUCCUAACCCCGCCUCUUCUUUCAUUUGGAUGCCGAGGGGCUUGCUCAGUAAGGGCCUACAGGUUGGUUCAUUAAAACCUACAGGUUGGUCCAGUAAGAACCCACAGGUUGGUCCAGUAAGGGCCUACAGGUUGGUCCAGUAAGGGCCUACAGUUUGAUCCAGUAAGAAACUACAGGUUGGUCCAGUAAAGGCCUUUGGGUUGGUCCAGUAAGGGCCUACAGGUUGAUCCAGUAAAGGCUUACAGUUUGGUCCAGUAAGAACCUACAGGUUGGUCCAGUAAGAACCCACAGGUUGGUCCAGUAAGGGCCUACAGGUUGGUUCAUUAAAGGCCUACAGUUUGUUCCAGUAAGGGCCUACAGUUUGGUCCAGUAGGAACCUACAGGUUGGUCCAGUAAGGGCCUACAGUUUGGUCCAGUAAGAACCUACAGGUUGGUCCAGUAAGAACCUACAGGUUGGUCCAGUAAGGACCUUCAGGUUGGUCCAGUAACAACCUACAGUUUGGUCCAGUAAAAAUGUACAGGUUGGUCCAGAAAGCACCUAGUUCGGUCCAGUAAGAACCUACAGGUUGGUCAAGUAGGAAACUACAGGUUGGUCCAGUAAGAACCUACAGGUUAGACCAGUAAGGACCUACAGUUUGGUCCAGUAAGAACUUACUGGUUGGUCCAGUAAGGGCCUACAGGUUGAUCCAGUAAAGGCUUACAGUUUGGUCCAGUAAGAACCUACAGGUUGGUCCAGUAACAACCCACAGGUUGGUCCAGUAAGGGCCUACAGGUUGGUUCAUUAAAGGCCUACAGUUUGUUCCAGUAAGGGCCUACAGUUUGUUCCAGUAAGGGCCUACAGUUUGGUCCAGUAGGAACCUACAGGUUGGUCCAGUAAGGCCCUACAGUUUGGUCCAGUAAGAACCUACAGGUUGGUCCAGUAAGAACCUACAGGUUUGUCCAGUAAGGACCUUCAGGUUGGUCCAGUAACAACCUACAGUUUGGUCCAGUAAAAAUGUACAGGUUGGUCCAGAAAGCACCUAGUUCGGUCCAGUAAGAACCUACAGGUUGGUCAAGUAGGAAACUACAGGUUGGUCCAGUAAGAACCUACAGGUUAGUCCAGUAAGGACCUACAGUUUGGUCCAGUAAGAACUUACUGGUUGGUCCAGUAAGGGCCUACAGGUUGAUCCAGUAAAGGCCAACAGUUUGUUCCAGUAAGGGCCUACAGUUUGGUCCAGUAGGAACCUACAGGUUGGUCCAGUAAGGGCCUACAGUUUGGUCCAGUAAGAACCUACAGGUUGGUCCAGUAAGGGCCUACAGUUUGGUCCAGUAAGAACAUACAGGUUGGUCCAGUAAGGGCCUACAGUUUGGUCCAGUAAGAACCUACAGGUUGGUCAAAAGAGAAGAUACAGGUUGGUCCAGUAAGAACCUACAAGUUGGCCCAGUAGGCCCAGUAAGGGCCUACAGGUAGGUCCAGUAGAAACCUACAGGUUGGUCCAGUAAGAACCUACAGGUUGGUCCAGUAAGGCCCUACAGGUUGGUCAAGUAAGGGCCUACAGUUUGGUCCAGUAAGAACCUACAGGUUGGUCCAGUAAGGGCCUACAGUUUGGUCCAGUAAGAACAUACAGGUUGGCCCAGUAAGGGCCUACAGGUUGUCCAGUAAGAACCUACAGGUUGGUCCAUUAAGAACCUACAGGUUGGUCCAGUAAUGGCUUACAGCUUGGUCCAGUAAGAACUACAGGUUAGUCCAGUAAGGGCCUACAGGUUGGUCCAGUAAAGGCCUACUGUUUGGUCCAGUAAGGGUCAACAGGUUGGUCCAAAAAGAACAUACAGGUUGGUCCAGUAAGGGCCUACAGGUUGCGUCUUUUAUGAACAUGCCAAAACAUGAUUUCCCUAUGAUAAAUUGACCUGGCAAGUGUUGCCUUGUCAGUUAUUGGUCAUCAUAGAUGUAAAAUUGACAGAUGUAGUUUUCUUAAGUUGUAAAUGUUUAAUUGAUUUCUGAUCUCCCAUUUAUUGCUAUACAGGCUUCAAAUAACUAAAAGAAACCUAAGUGAAAAAGCCGAAGAUGUGGGUAGAAUGCAAGCAGAGAACAUAGAAAUAUCACAGGAACUGAUAGAGCUUGAAGAAUCGCACAAGUAAGCUUUUCUUAUCUAGCUCAUUGCUUAGUGCUUGACCCUUUAACCCACGAACUGUCGCCGGCCGAUUUCUUCUUCCAAUAAUGUGUUGGCCGAUAAAAAUUGAUUAAUUUUCCCCAGAAAUUAACAAAAAUUUCAAUAAGUAUUUCCAGCAUUGAAUGAAUUUAAGAAAAAAAUUCUUCAAAAUGCACAAGUAAAUUAUUUUACCAGGCAACCAAAGCAACCAAAGCUUUGACCUAACCUGUUACAGUAUUGACAUAACCUGUGACACAACUCGGUACUGAACCCACGAACCGUCCACUGUAUUAUUCUGUACUGUGCGGGAAAUUUAGAGCUUUUUGGGUGCCUUUGUAAAAUGUGAUUGUUGACAUGCAAAUACCAUAGCUAGACCCCACAAAGCAUACAUUUAUUGAAAUUAGUGGGGAAUCAUAGUGGCUUUUUUUAAAAUAAUAAUUUAUACUCGCUGACCGUGACCUUGGAGUGGCCAAGAAUAAAAAAAAUAAUGAAACAUUUUCUUUUCGCAUACCUUAAACUACAAUUUUUUAAAGGCAUAUUAUUAUAAUGUUUAUAUAAUUAUUUAUCUUUCAUAAAAUGUAUUCUAAUGGUAUUAUAAUUAAUUUUAAUAUGCCAAUUAUUACGAAUUAUCAGAGCUACCAGUAAAGCCAAUCUGUCAAAGGUUUAAUUAUUGUCAGUGCUACAAGUAAAGUCAGUCUGUCAUAGAUUUAAUUAUUGUCAGUGUUAUAAAUAAAGUCAAUCUGUCAUAGAUUUAAAUAUUGUCAGUGUUACAAGUAAAGUUAAUCUGUCAUUUAUUUAGCCAUUUUUACACAUUGUCCUUUUUUAAAGAUGGCCUCCUUUCUUAGACUAUCAGUAGCAAACAGGUUUCUUUGGUCAUCACUUAGGUGUUAGGGUUAGCCUCCUUUCUUAGACUAUCAGUAGCAACUAGGUUUCUUUGGUCAUCACUUAGGUGUUAGGGUUAGCCUCCUUUCUUAGACUAUCAGUAGCAACCAGGUUUCUUUGGUCAUCACUUAGGUGUCUUUCUUCAAGCCAUCAGGACGCAGCACUCCUUACUUACAUCAUUAAUACACAGCUAUCCUUACUUACAUCAUUAAUACCAGUAAGAGCCAUCAUUACAUUUUAUAAAGUAUUUUAUACUUAAAACUUUGUUUUUAGAGGUCGUUUAAUCUUAGAUUAAAUGCACAUUCCUUGUUUGGAAUCAUAUUGUAUUUAGUUGCAAAAAGCAUGAAAUUAAAAAAAUGUGUUGGGGUAUCCAGGUCUGUGAUGCGUGUAUAUUGUAUCUUUUAAUUGUAUUUCAGGGCAGUUUUAGCUCAAUUAAAUAACCAAAUAGAAGAACAAAAAGAUUUGUUAUCAAGAGAAAGAAAUGAGAGGUAAGUAUAUUUUAGUUCCUUGUACUAUAGUAGUUCUGCAGUUGCUCUUUUUUGCAAAAAAUACAAUGACCACUACUUGUUUUCUAAAAAUUAAAAACUAUUUAUUUGUUGUGAUAUUUUUUCCUUUGAUGCAUUCAUCAAGAAGAAAGAGCAGGAAAGUCAUCAUCUUGGAAAUAAGAAAAGAGCAAGCCAAUGUGACCUACUUUCUUAGUGUGCCACAUUUCAGCUCUUCCCAUUUCUACUGAAGUUGCAAGUUUGAACAUUGAAGAGGCUGGACCCUUUGCUAACAUUUUUAUUAUGCUUUGAAUAUUGAACUGAAACACAUGGUAGACGUAGGUUUUAAAUAUAAACUUUAAUUAUAAUUUUUUUGCACUAAAAUUUGUAAAAAGAAAACAAAAAAACAAGACUGUGACAAAUAUUUGUUUGUACAGGAUGGAACUUCAACAAAAUAAAGAUGAAGUUGGAAAAAAACUACAGGAGAUAAAAAUUGAACAACAGGUUUUUAUGAAAUCAGUUACAGAAGCUAUUCAAGAAGGAAAAAAGCAACAUGUCCAACUAUCAAAUGAGGUAAAAGCUGACAAGAUUCAGUUUAUAAGAUUGUUUAAGUGCAAGAUUCAGUUUUUUUUUCGAUUGUUUAAUGUGUAAAUUUAAGUUCAAAACAUAUGUAAUGUUCAGUUAGAUAGUUAAUAUUCAGAUUGUUAGACAUGUAAGGUUGAGUUGUUUUUUUUUUUUAGAUAUUUAAGAUUUAGUCUCUUAAACAAUGCACUCAAUUUUUUAGAUAUUUAAAUAUUUAAGUUAUUCCAUUUAUAUGUAUAGAUAUUCUUUACGUUCUCAUCUCAGUGAUUGCUUUAAAUAUUAUUGUAAUCACCAGUUUUGUUGUAUCUUUUGUUAGGGUGUGCAGCUUCAAAGGGAAGUCAUUGAAGAUGAAGAAUUAAUAAAACAAACAGAAGAAAAACUCAAGAGCUGUUUGCAGUGUUACGAAGAAAUGUUCAAUACAUUUCAAUACAGAGUAAAUACAAUAGAGGUAAUUGCUCACUUGUGUAUUUGCCUCACUCACUCCUUCAAUAAUAACAGAUACAGAUUAAUACCUUUCGUUUUUUUCUUGUUAUGAGUGUUUGUGGAAGAAGGCUUUAGCAAAAAAUAGCCAUUGUUAUUUUGUUUUAUAUUUAAAGCUACCCCAUGUCUUGUUCUUAAUAUUCCCAAUAGUCUUCCAGUACCUGCCCAAAUAGUUGUGGAGGUGAAUAGUUCAACUAAAGGCUUAUGAGUAUUUGGUGUUCUCCAGCCCCCAAAAAUCACACCUCCUCCUCCCCCCCCCCCCCCCCCCCCCCCCCAGACUGUUUCUUGUUUUAUACUAAAAAGUCCCUCAAAUCUUUAUAGUCUUCCCGUACCUGCCCCAAUAGUUGUGGAGGUGAAUAGUUCAACUAAAGGCUUAUGAGUAUUUGGUGUUCUCCAGCUCCCAAAAAUCACACCUCCUCCUCCCCCCUCCCCACCCCCCCCCCCCCAGACUGUUUCUUGUUUUAUACUAAAAAGUCCCUCAAAUCUUCAUAGGUCAUUGUAUCAGAUUGUAUUUAUUUUGAACAAAAGAAUUUUUUUUACUUUGUAAAAUAAUUUAAAAUUGUUACUUUAAUUUUUUUUGAGAGAUUCUUUCAUAAAGGGAAAAAUGAUGACCCAUUUUUCAGAUUGCUCUUUAAAUUAAAGUUUAAUUCAGGAUGAUUUAAUACAUUUAAUAUUUCAAAUUCUUUAAUAUCAACAAAUGUUAAAGUUUGUCUGAAAAACUAUAAAUACCAGCUGGCACUCCAUGGCUUUACUGAUACACUGGCGACAGAAAACAUGCAUUUACAUCCCAUGGCCAAAACAAACGUGCAUUUACUUCACAUGGCGAAAACAAACAUGAAUUUACCGUGAUGUACAUGAAUAAGAAAAAUGAAUUCAUUAAAUUGAACGAAUUAAACACUAUAUUUUAUGCGUUUAAAGCUAAUAAAAGUAUUUAUCAAGCAAUAACGUUAAAUAGACUUAUUACAACGCGCGAAAUUGUAACAAUGUGCAACUUAAUUUUAUACAUAUAUUAUGAAUAUAAAUAAACACUGGAACAAGAUAUGCUUAGGAUUGAAAAAAAAUUGACAGGAAAAUAUAAGAAUGUUUCGGCUAAACACCUUCUUCAGUUGACAAGACAAAACAAGAAACAACAAAUGGAAAUUAAAAACUUAUGUGAUCAAAAUGUGGUUCUCUUUGCUUCUGUUUAGAAAUGAAAACCAAAUUAUGAAUGUGUUGAUUUCAAUGAAUAUAAAUAUUUUUUUUUUGGAUUUAUUUCAAGACAAAAAUAUGUGAAAUGCAAUCAAAGAUGUUAGAACAAAAAAGCAAACUAUCUGAGGAGACGCCCAUAUUUCAACAUAUGCAGGAGUUUUUUGAAAAAAGAAAUGCAGACUAUGACCUUAAAAAGAAAUCUCUUGUUGGUGAGUUACAAAAUAACAAGAUUAGGAUUAAAUAAGGAUGAAUGCUUUUCAAUAUCAAAAGAUCAAAAAGGGGUCUUUUACAGAAUGAGUGAAGAUAUUGUAGGGCGACCACAUUUUAUAGAAUAGUAAACAUAUGAAAGUUUAAUGUCAUGAUAAGCAAAAACCCCUGGAAGUUGUCAGUCUAUCAUAAAGAUGCUGAAAUUUGUCAGUCUAUCAUAAAGAUGCUGAAAUUUGUCUGUCGAUCAUAAAGAUGCUGAAUUAUUUCCAAGUGAAGUAGAUGGCAAUAUAGAUGGCAAUAUUUCUGGCAGCCAAGCAAGUUAAGCAGACUGUCAUUAGAUGUGAUUGGAAAUAAACUUCCCUUUCAGUUAGUGUUUAUGAUGGAUUGAUGGAUUUUUUAUUUGCAACUGACGGUUACUGACAGAUGUAGAUUUAUUAAAGCUUGUUUUUAAUUUUCAAUCUUUGCUCAAACCUGAGACAAAACAUCAAGGAUAACUCUGUAGUAGUCUCCUUCAGAAGGAUAACUCUGUUUGUUGUAGUCUCCUUCAGAAGGAUAACUCUGUUUGUUGUAGUCUCCUUCAGAAGGAUAACUCUGUCAGUAGUAGUCUCCUUCAGAAGGAUAACUCUGUUUAUAGUUAAGUAUCAUACUGUCAUUCACAGUAUCACACAGUCAUUAAAAGUAUCACACAGUUAUUUAAAGUAUCAUACUUAAAAGAAGAUAUCUUAAUUUUCAAUCAAUUGAUUAUUUUCAGGUUUAAAGAACAAAAGAUUUGGUUUGGAAGAUGAUUUAAAGCGAGCAAGAAAAGACAGAGAUGAGCUGAAAUUACCACAGGUAUAUAGCAGAAGGUUAGGGUUAGGUUUAUAGCAGCAGGUUUACCAGUCACUUAUUAUUUAGUUUUUAAUCAUUAAAUUAAUUUAGAUAGGGAAAGGUUACAAUAGCUUAUUGAUCUGGGCCAUUUCCUCAGCAUUCAAAGCAACAGAUGAACUUCUGUAUUUUAACUUCAGCUUCAUUUCAGCCUCAGUCUUAACAUGUGCUUUAUUAUCAGCCAUGGUCUUAUUUUGAACUUAAUUAUCAGCCAUGGUCUUAAUAUGAGCUUCACUUUCAUCAGCCACGGUCUUAAUAUGAGCUUCAUUAUCAGCCAUGGUCUUAUUAUCCUUGCUAUGCUAAAACAUACAUUGAAGAAAUCUUGUAUUGUCAAAUAAUUUUGUGGAGUUAAGCUGUUUUUUCUAUAUUUCUUAUCAAUAAAGAUAAAGUAAGUCAAACUGAAGAGAGAUAAUUGUCUUGUCAAGGCAUGAGUAUAGUCAUACAUAACCACCCAUCAUGCAAGUUUGAACUUUUAUCAAUUUUGGGACCGCACUCUCUCUAAAACCACCCAGAACUAUUUAAUUAUUCAAUCUCAUGAUUUUAAUAUUCUUUUGGUUGUUCUAGUCUCUGUUGCUGGUCAAGGAAAUCUAAGAUCAAACUUGAAACUCUUAACUAAAGACACAAUAUUCUUUUGGUUGUUCUAGUCUCUGUUGCUGGUCAAGGAAAUCUAAGAUCAAACUUGAAACUCUUAACUAAAGACACAAUAUUCUUUUGGUUGUUCUAGUCUCUGUUGCUGGUCAAGGAAAUCUAAGAUCAAACUUGAAACUCUUAACUAAAGACACAAUAAUCUUUUGGUUGUUCUAGUCUCUGUUGCUGGUCAAGGAAAUCUAGGAUCAAACUUGAAACUCUUAACUAAAGACGCAAUAUUCUUUUGGUUGUUCUAGUCUCUGUUGCUGGCCAAGGAAAUCUAAGAUCAAACUUGAAACUCUUAACUAAAGACACAAUAUUCUUUUGGUUGUUCUAGUCUCUGUUGCUGGUCAAGGAAAUCUAAGAUCAAACUUGAAACUCUUAACUAAAGACGCAAUAUUCUUUUGGUUGUUCUAGUCUCUGUUGCUGGUCAAGGAAAUCUAAGAUCAAACUUGAAACUCUUAACUAAAGACGCAAUAUUCUUUUGGUUGUUCUAGUCUCUGUUGCUGGUCAAGGAAAUCUAAGAUCAAACUUGAAACUCUUAACUAAAGACGCAAUAUUCUUUUGGUUGUUCUAGUCUCUGUUGCUGGUCAAGGAAAUCUAAGAUCAAACUUGAAACUCUUAACUAAAGACGCAAUAUUCUUUUGGUUGUUCUAGUCUCUGUUGCUGGUCAAGGAAAUCUAAGAUCAAACUUGAAACUCUUAACUAAAGACGCAAUAUUCUUUUGGUUGUUCUAGUCUCUGUUGCUGGUCAAGGAAAUCUAAGAUCAAACUUGAAACUCUUAACUAAAGACACAAUAAUCUUUUGGUUGUUCUAGUCUCUGUUGCUGGUCAAGGAAAUCUAAGAUCAAACUUGAAACUCUUAACUAAAGACACAAUAUUCUUUUGGUUGUUCUAGUCUCUGUUGCUGGUCAAGGAAAUCUAAGAUCAAACUUGAAACUCUUAACUAAAGACGCAAUAAUCUUUUGAAGAUUUGUUUCCAUUUUUUCAAGUCAUUUAAAUCUUGACAACUCAGGGGAAAAAGUGAAAUGUUAUCUGGUGUCAGUGCCAUUGUGUCAACACUGACAACAUCACAGAAGAAAAACAAAAACAAUAAUAGACUGUAAUAAAUGUGGACCUGAGGAAGGAUGUAAAUGUGUGAUAGCAAGUUCAAGGUCUUAUACAUAACUCAUUUGGUAUAGAUUUGUUAAAAUCCCAUGAAAGCUUAUACGUUCUUUUAAAAUUUUCUAGUUUUAAAUCUUAUACCAGAUAUCUUUAUAGCAUUUUUGGUCAGCAGAUUAGCCUAUUAAAAGGUCAUACAAGGCUGAUGAUUAUUCAGUGACAGUCUGUCAAUUACCCAUUAUUUGCCAAAUAAUUUGUGUGCAACCCUGUUUUUUGGCAAUCUUUGAAACAUUUUUUCUCCUGUCAUCCUCUGGAUAGAAUUUACUGGUCAAUAGUUAGGUUAGGAUAAUGGGGGUGGUGGUGGAGACUGCAAUCAUGUUAGGUAAAAGGAAAUAAGUAGCAACAGGUAGGGGAAAACCUGAAAAAUAGGUAAAAUAAAGCAAUGAAGUUUAUAUGUCUUAGGUAACUCUUCAAAACAAUUUGAAAGACUUCCGUAAUCAAGUGAUUGAACAGAUAAACAUUCAAGGCAAAAGUCUGCAGGACAUGGAACAGUUGAUUUUUCUAGCUGGGUGCCAAAUGAAGAUGAUUAUGGAGGAAAAUCAAAGACUGGAAAUGGUUAGUCAUAUUUAUUAUUAUGUUUUACACUAGAUAAAGAUUUGAUACUAUGUUUCCAUAAUAUAUCCCACAUUUAUAAUCAUAAUAAAACAAUAUUAUAAUUGACAUAUUUAAAAAUAAACUACAUCAUACGAUUUACAUAAGUGUAUCAUUUAAAAAGAAGAUGAAAGGUAUCUCAAAAUGUAUUAAGAGAUUUUGCAUACAACUGAAAUGAUACAAGUUUGUAGCUUGCAUACUACUGAAUUGAUACAAGUGUGUAGUGUGAUUCAAAUAUAGUGAUACAAGUGUGUAGAGUGAUACCAUUGAAAUGAUACAAAUGUGUAGCGCGAUACAAGAGCGAUAAAAGUAUGAUACAAAUGAAGUGAUACAAGUGGGAUACAGAUGUGAUGCUAGAGUGUUUGUGUGAUAAAUUUUUGACAAAUGUGAACAUCCUUAAAAAUAUGAUUGCCUUUUAGUAUUAAUAAGAUAAAACAAGAUUCUUUUAUAAGAUAAGAUUUUUUAUUGAUCCAAAAAAAUAAGAAUUGUUUUUUGAUUAGACUGUACACAUUCAUUUUCAGCACAUAAAUAAAUACAUUUUCUUUGUUAAAAUAUGUCAUAUUUUAACCAAGACAACAUUUUACAAUUAGAACAAUUUAAACACAAGACAUCUGAAGUAUUUCUCUAAUGUAAAAAUGAGCCAUCAUAUACAACAACAAAAAAGAAAAAAAAAAAGGCUCAUUUGGUAAUAAUAAUGAGUUAAAUAGUGAUAAUGAUAAUUAAGAUUUCAUGAGUGCCAGGGGAAAAAAGGGGGUGGGUGGACACCACACUGGUAAAUUCUUACAUACUAGGGACAUUUUUGUGAUGAAGGGGGUGGGAUGUGAUCUUAAGUAUCUGUGAUGAAGGGGUGGGAUGUGAUCUUAAUUAUCUGUGAUGAAGGGGGUGGGAUGUGAUCUUAAAUAUCUGUGAUGAAGGGGGUGGGGAUGUGAUCUUAAGUAUCUGUGAUGAAGGGAGUGGGGUGUGAUCUUAAGUAUCUGUGAUGAAGGGGGUGCGGAUGUGAUCUUAGGUAGCUGUGGUGAAGGGUUGUGGGAUGUGAUCGUAAGUAUCUGUGAUGAAGUAGUUUUGAUGGCACCAAAAACAAACAAAUAAAAAUAACAUGUUGUUACAUUUUUUACUUAGUGAUUCAAAAGUUAUAAAUAUACAAGGUAUAAUUAGUCUUAAAAACUUUUGUGGUGUAUAUUUGGCCAAGAACUUAAUAGUUUUGGCUUAAAUAAAUAAAUGAUAUAUUCCUGUCAAGGCAUGUCAGAAGCUGGAGAGUGAUAUGACAGAUCUAGGACAACAGAUUCUAGAUAAUAAGAGAAUAAAGAAAAUUGCUGAAGAGGACUUGGUUUUUCACAAAAGUAAGUGAAAUAUGUAUUUAAAACUUCUUUCCACCCAGUGCGGGCUUUUUGAAUGACAGGGGUUAACAGUCAUGACAUAUACCAUAUUAUUGUACAAAAAGCUUCUUUUGUGAGAUCCACAUUAUUGUGACAAUAAAUUAAAAUUAAUACAGUUAAUUCUCAUUGUGUUAUUGAGUACAGGUAUGUAUGUUACAAAAAUAUAUAAUUUUACAAAACUUUCUCAAAUUAACCCAUCCUCAACUGGGUUCCUUUGAAAAUAUUUGACAAAAUUUAGCCCAAGAUAUUUAUUAAACACAAGUUUAGCUCAAAAUCUAUUAUAGCUUUUACCUCACUGUACCUGAAUUCUUAACUUUUACCCCACUGAACCCUCAUCAGACUUCCUAACAUUUACCCCUUUGUACCCUAAUCUAACUUCCUUACUUUUACACCACUAUACCCUAAUCUGACUUCCUAACAUUUACCCCACUGUACCCUCAUCAGACUUUCUCACAUUUAAUCUAACUUCCUAACUUUUACCCCACUGUACCCUAAUCUGACUUCAUAACUUUUACUAGAAGAAUGAUUAAUUCAAUAAAAUAGUUAAGCUCAUAACUAAUGGUCUAAAUCAUUUUUUUUUACAAAGACAUACUGUUUAUUUUCAUAACUGAACAUUUGUUGUUUAAUCAGAUGACCUGAAAGAAAAAUUUCAAACAGAACACUCUAUGCAAGAG